AUGUCAAGCAGGGAAGGAGAACAAACAGAAAAGCCAAAACGGAGACGGCACAGGCCGAACGCUGCGCAAAAAGAGCGUGAACGACAACGUGUGUUUCGCGAAGCCUUUGCUGCCUUAAGGGGACAUCUUCCCUUAGAAUCAUCGAAGAAAAUCCCCAAGAGAGACAUUCUGCGACUUGCUGCACAGUAUAUUAAAUAUCUCACAAAUCUCUUACAUCAACCUGCGGUAUGUUAUUUAAUUGAGGGUGCCAUUUAAGGAAAAUAAUGGUUGCAUAGCACCUGGACUUGGAAACACAGUUGUUUUACACUUGAGCUGAACACGAUGGAUAAACGCUGCACUUAUAUAUUCACGCAAUAGAAAAGCCUAUUCAUUUACAUAAUGACAGAUAAAAGGACAGGAAAAUUGUCACGACAAAAGUAUUUGCCAGGAAAUGAACCUGAAUCAUUGACAAAAAUGUAGACAUGCUGUAUAUUAUUAAACAUCAGAUAUAUAUUUAGAGAUCAAGAUUAAAUUGUUACAUAUAAGGCUCGAAAACACAAUAAUUUACAUUUUACAGUGGUAAAUUGUAUUUGAGGUCUGUUGGCGAGUUUAAUGCCCACCAGAAAUACGAGGGGGCGAGAUGCGGUGAUUUUCUUUAAAUAUUGUUUCGUGAUUGGCAUUAUAUGAUCAAUGUAUAUGAUCCAUUCUUAUAUGAUUCGCAUCCCGCAUUGAGUUGAUUGCUUGCAUGUUCUGCGGCAUAUUUCACGAUAAUGCUAUAUCACAUUCCCUAUAUUUGAUACAAUUUGACCACCAAUGAACCAUAUGCAUGCUGUUCUGCCUGUUCAUGAAUGUUAUUCGCGAGCGAGGUUAAUUUGCACCGCGGCAGCUUUGCACUGAGUUUAAAAUUAACUUAGUACCACAUUUUAAAGUUUUUGCAAGUACUUCAGUCGAUAUUAUUCUGCAAUAAGGAUUUCAUAUUAUUGAUGGCGGCUACGCUGACGUUGUACUUUUAAUUAAUCCGCUUAUUAAUGUGGCUCGUGCCCUAACAAAUGUGGCUGUCCAGUUAGUAGAUAUAAUCGCCUGCAAUAAAUUGGCGUAAAUGUACAGUUGAAAAUACAACGAAAGUUCGAGCUAAAGCCCUUUCGUCUUAAAGUGAAUAGUUUUUUGUGGCAACAUUUUUCUGUAAAAAUAUAUUUCUUCCUGCUUUGCGCUAAGGGUAUAAUUCUAAUCGCAUAAUACGACAAUGAUACUUUUCGGCUGUUACAGAGUUGUGAAGGCUACGGAAAUUAUUUGUGACGCGCCAAUUAAAUUUGACUGCUCGGGACUGAGGUGUUACACACCUGCACAUGAAAGGACCGCGCGCAAAUAGCUAUUGAACAUUCAAAAGAACCGGCUGCUAUAAGUGCUUUCUAUUCAUAGAUAUAGUGAUAUAGUUUGCCCCUUCAGAAAGCUGAGGGCGUUGUCCACGACAAUGAGGGUUCCCUCGCUGUUUCAGUAAUGGUAAAAGUGGAGCAUUAG